GAAGGCGGCGGGACCCAGCCCCCGGCGGGGCGGGUCGGGCCCGGGGCCGGGCCAUGGCUGGCGGGGCGCGGGGCGCCUGGAGCGAGUGGCCCGUGGAUCACUUCCUGCGCACCGGGCGCAUCGGGGCCAGGGACGGGGCCGCCGUGCGCUGGUUCCACGCCGCCAACAGCAGGGCCCGGGCGGCGGAGGCCGCGCGAAGUGAUGUGCAUAUGGUGGAGGUGGAUGUUCUUCUUCGGGGAGGGGACAGGGACCCCAUCCUGGCUCACCCCCCGGACACUGACAGUGACAUCACCCUGCAGGAGUGGCUGGCACAGAUGGUCAGCACCAAUAAAGGCAUCAAGCUGGAUUUUAAGAGCCUGGCCGCCGUGGGACCCUCGCUGGAGCUGCUGGGGCAGAUGGGGCAGCCCCUGGACAGACCCGUGUGGCUGAAUGCGGACAUCUUGCCUGGGCCCUGCGGGAGCUGCGCGCCACUGGACGCCAGCACCUUCCUGGGCACUGUCACCUCAUCCUGCCCCUCUGCCACCCUGUCCCUGGGCUGGACCACAGGCUGCCACCACGGGCAAGGCUACGAGUGGCCCAUGGUGCAGGAGAUGUCCCGGCUGUGCCACCCCCUGUCCCAGCCCGUGACGUUCGCGGUCAGGGCCACGCUGGUGCCCGGCUCUGUCCCACAGCUCCAGUGGCUGCUCCAGCAGUCCCACAGAUACAGCCUCACUGUCUGGACAGGAAAGGAAGACGUGUAUUCUGUAGAAGACUUGCUUCUCAUCCGAAAAAACUUUGAUAAAAGUAGGGUUUAUUAUGACAUUUUUGAGCCACAAAAUACUGAAUUCAAAAAAGCCAUUGGAAUUGAAUGAUAAAUGCAAAGCAGGCAAUGCCUGACCUUAUAAUGCUUUAUAUUGUAAACCCCUUUAAAUGUGAGGAUUUUUGGUUCAAAGAAAUGCAUUUUCCUUGCCAGAAGGACCGUGUUGAGCACAUCUGUGGUUGUUGAAGGAGUUUUUGUUCAGCAUUGUAUAGAAAGGCCUCUCAAAUAGAAAUGUAGUGCCUUCCUCAUUGUUCCCUGUCUGCUGUGUUGGAUCCCUGGUGCCACACACUCCAGAAGGGGAGAAUGGCUGCUGGUAUUGUGCUGCCACUGCUCAGGUACUCUGCCUUGCGGUCCCCAGGCCCGUGGUCACCCUGCACAUGGCCACCCUGCACGUGGUCAUUGUGCCCAUGGUCCCUGUGGCUGUGGUCUCCAUGCUCAUGGUCACUGUGUCUGUGGUCACACUGCCCAAGGUCACUGUCCAUGGUCACCCUGCCCAAGGUCACUGUCCGUGGUCCCUGUGCCCAGGCAGUGUCGGAGCCAUGCCACGGACGGGGAACAGCCCCAGCUGUUGCCGUGAGUUGGGCUCGGUGUGGCAGCAGUGGCAGUGCUGUCCCCAGCCCUGGGCUGGUUCCAGGGGACGUUCCCCCGUGGCUCUGAGGUGCCUGUGGGGCCGGUGCUCCAGCACAUGGGGCCCGUUGGGUGAUGGUGGCUCCGCUCGGCCUUCUCUGGGCCUGUGCAUCCCUGAAACUCUCAGAAUUCUCCCAAGUGGAAAUUUCCUCUGAUGAAAGCUAAACUCCUGCUAACCACUUGCUGGAAGAGCCUGACCUGGUUCAUUGAAACCAUUUAUUGCCUCUUUUGCUGCUGCAAUUCCUCAAAAUUCACACAGACUGAGACACUGGCUCUGUGGGACUGGCUUCUGCCAAACACUACGAAUGAUACAAGAAAAACCAAAGGUUUCUGCCACAAGCCACAGGCACAGAGGACAUUUUAGCUUCUGAAUAAAAGCUAAUGCCCUGAGAAGCAUUACUUUUUCAACUUCUGGUCCUCGUUUUCCCGUUCCUCUCACAUGGUUCCAGUGGGAAUUUUGUUAACUCAGAUACUGUAGGCAACAUUUUUACAGGCUGUUAGUACUAAAGUAAACUACAGUAAUUUUUGGUUCUUACAUGGCAUUGGUACAGAUGUGAUAAAAAAGUUAGUUACAUUUCUUAAUCCUAGAUCUUGAAUUAUGAUGGUUUCCCAAUAAAAAUCAAGAGUUCCUUUUUUACCUACAACUCCUUUGGGAGAUUUAUCUAAUAAUUGUUCUCUGUUAUUGAGGGGUAGAGCUUUCUUCAUUUUAGUCACCUACUAAGGUAUGCUUGGCUAAAAUUAGGAAGUAUUUUUCUGCAUAAGGUUGAAGACUACCUGAUUAUACUUUGGAUAGCUAAACAGACUACUUGAUUUAAUUUGCAGCACCAAGUGAAGUGAGUGGCAGUAACCACCAAAGGGUCAGGCUUGGCUGUGCGAUUUCUGUAGUGAGUUUGGAGAAACGAUUCAUUUUUCAGUUGUGGUUUGUUGCAGGCAGUUGCAUUCAUUGAUUUGCAGGAUUUCAUCUCUCAGUGGUAGGCCUCCUUGGGACCACAGGGACACAUUUUUCUGUUAUUUAGAAAUCUUCCCACUGACCAGUUCCCAGCUGAAGUACUGGCUGGGAUUUGUUAAAACUCAUUAAACUAUUAAGUAAAAAAAUCAGCACCUGCUAGAGAUAUUUUAAAGAAGUAUAUCUGAGCAAUAUGUGUGGAUGUCAGUAAACAGGGAUAAUCAGAUAAAAUUAAAAGAAGACAUCAUCUGGAUUACCAGGACAUGGCUAUGUGAUGAAUUCUAUUAUUAUGUAUGGAUUAUCCUAUAUGUAUGAAUUUCUGUAUGUAACUUUUACCUAUGGAUCUUUGCUAGGCCCCUGUGAAGUUGUUUAUGUCAGUCUAGUCUGACUUGCACAUAAAUAAAUUAAUUAAUUUGA